AUGAUUACCGUGAAGUUGCUGCGUUUAGUCAUCGUGUUACCAAUUCUCACUGUUCAUUCUUCAUUAAAACAGACUACACAUUAUCAUUUAGAGAGAAAGAUUUGUCAAUUUAAGCUGGUAUUGCUUGGAGAAUCUGCUGUGGGAAAGUCAAGUCUUGUUUUGAGGUUUGUUAAAGGACAGUUCCAUGAGUAUCAAGAAAGUACUAUUGGAGCUGCAUUUUUAACACAAACUGUAUGUUUGGAUGAUACAACCGUAAAAUUUGAGAUUUGGGAUACAGCAGGGCAAGAACGUUAUCAUAGUCUUGCACCAAUGUAUUAUCGUGGUGCACAAGCAGCUAUUGUUGUAUAUGAUAUAACAAAUCAAGACACAUUUGUACGUGCCCAAACGUGGGUGAAGGAAUUGCAACGACAAGCCAGUCCAAGUAUAGUUAUAGCAUUAGCUGGAAAUAAAGCUGAUCUUGCAAAUAAAAGAAUUGUAGAAUUUGAUGAAGCUCAAACUUAUGCUGAUGAAAAUGGCCUUCUUUUCAUGGAAACUUCAGCUAAAACAGCAAUGAAUGUUAAUGAUAUAUUUUUAGCAAUUGCUAAAAAACUUCCAAAAAAUGAACAAUCAGGAAGUGCAAGUACAAGUGGUCAAGGUCGUCGAUUGGUUGAAACAGAAGGACAAAAGGCAGCAACUGGCAAUUGUUGCAAGUGAUUAUCCAAAUCUAUCUGUACUAUAAUCUACAAAUAUAAAUACACCAUGAGUGUGUCUACAAUGAAUAUAUAUUUGAAUGGAAAAUAAAACAAUGGAAAAAACCACUAUAAUGGAAUGGGAGGUGAACUGUGCAAGAUAAACAUUUUUCUUGAGUGAUUAAUAAUAAAUGCGUGUAUCACAUUACAUUCGACGAUAUAUCAUCUAUUUUGAGUAUCAGAUCUAUCAAAAAAAGAAGAAAAAGAGAAAAACAGAGACAGAUGAAGCUCCCAUUUGUAAUGCUAGUAGUAAUGGGCGGUGUUCGUUAUAAAUAUAUAAAUAUAUAUAUAUAUAAAUUGUAUUUAUAUAUAUAUUCAUAUAUAAAUACAAUUAUAAUAUAAAUCAUAUAUAAUAAAUAUGAUUUAUGUAAUAAGUAAUGUUAAUGGUAAUAAGUAAUAAUAAUAUUAAUGGUAAUAUUGAUAUAUAAAUAAUAAUAACAUUAAUAUUAGUAAUGAUAAUAUACAUUUAAAACAUACAAUGUAUGAUGAAAUUUUGGCACGCGAAACAUCUUGUAAGAUAGUAGGCCAUUCCUGCUGCUAUGAUUACCUAUGUAUUUACUUUCUUAGUUUGUAAACAUGUAUAACAAAUUUUUGCUCCAAAAUAUAUUGUAUAUUAAUUUUAUUAUAUAAUAAUUCAUGAUAAAUUAUAAAUGAUUACGCAAGAAAAAAUAAACUUGUGAAUAUUACUAA